CCACCACAGGGCCCACCCCGGGGGGGGACGGGCGCCUCCCAGAGGCCUCUAGGACCCGGGGGCGCCCGGCCGGCCUCCCGACGGCCCAAAAUAGACACCCGUGCUGGGGGCCCGAGAGCCGGUCAUGGACGCGGAGCAAGCCGGAUGCCGCGGGGCCACCAAGGCCGCCCCGCCGCCGUUCGUGCGCGUCGCCCCCUCGCUCUUCCUCGGGAGCGCGAACGCCGCGGCCGCCCCGGAGCUGCUGGAGCGCGCGGGCGUCACCCUAUGCGUCAACGUUUCGCGCCAGCAGCCCGGUCCCCGCGCGCCCGGCGUGACCGAGCUGCGCGUGCCCGUAUUCGACGACCCGGCUGAGGACCUGCUGGCGCACCUGGAGCCUACCUGUGCCGCCAUGGAGGCCGCGGUACGCGCCGGUGGUGCCUGCCUCGUCUACUGCAAGAACGGCCGCAGCCGUUCGGCCGCCGUCUGCACCGCCUACCUCAUGCAUCAUCGCGGCCUCACGCGGGAGCAGGCCUUCCAGACUGUGAAGAGCGCCCGCCCGGUGGCCGAGCCCAACCCGGGCUUCUGGUCCCAGCUCCAGAAGUACGAGGAGGCCCUGCAGUCGUGGUCCCGCCUGCCCGGGGAGCCCUCGGGCCCGACUGAGCCCUAAUGGAUCAGCCCUUGAGGACGGCCCAACCCCAAAGCGGAGCGCUUGGAGUUUCCUGCAGCCUCGGGGUGGGAAGAGGUAGUUCAUGCACUGACUGGGGGGUGGUCUGUCCUCUCCUGCCUCACGUCCCACGGAUUUUUUAUUUUCUGCAACUUCCUGAAGGUCUCUGUCCCGCCUUGACGGUAGGGCAGGGGUGUGUCCGCCGAGGAGAGAACUGAGGACUGUACCUCCCCUCGUCAGCAGGUUUAUUACACAGCGCUUGGUCAGGAACAUCAAAACCACUUGAGGAAUUUUAGCCAGAAACACAUUUACUACAGAGAGAUGGAGGCCAGGGAGCCAAGGUCAGGGGAUGGGGAAGUACAGGAGUCAUGGAGACCCGCCACCCUGUUCCUGGCUGCCUGCCACUCUGAUGUGGGUGGCUUCUGGGGGGCUGCUGGCAGAACCUCAUGCCUGCCACCUGCUCAAGCCACAGUGGCUUUCCCAAACCUCACACUGGCCCCGUCACAAAACGCAACAUGCGAUUCAGCUGGGGGGGGCCCAGUUUCCAGACUUGUAGCUGCUGUGACACAGAGUGAGGGUCGAGGCUGUGUGACAGACCACCCAAUGUGGGCCCUUGGGGGUCUCAGUGUCCGUACCCACCUCCUACCUUACUGGCCUCCCAGUUUCAGCAACAGCAACGAGUCCCAGCCUAACAUCCUGCAGCCAAGGUCAUGUCGGCAAUGCAAUGACCACCCAUGUCUCUGAGCCUGUUGAUUCCUCUUCUGGUUCAGAGGCACUCCGCCUGGACACACUACAGCCUAAAGACUAUACUAGAAAACUAAUCACCACCAACACUCCUUAAAUAAGAUAGUGGGGAAAGAGUAAAGGAAAAAUUGGGUAACACGUAUGAGUUACAGAUAAUAUAAUCCCUGGUUAAUAUACAAAUAUAUACAUAACAAGGUUAUGAAUAAAAUACUGUAGUUGAUGUUUAUCAUUUUCC